AUGACUGCUUACAUUGAUGAAAAUACCAAACAACCGAUAAUUUCAACAACGCAUGGACAAGUGCGUGGACAAUUGCGUGAUACCGUUUAUGGCGAUCAGUAUUAUUGCUUCGAUGGUAUACCCUACGCCAAGCCUCCGUUGGGAGAACUCCGUUUCAAGUCACCACAGUCAGCUGAUCAUUGGGAGGGUGUGCGCGAUUGCACUGAAAUCGCACCUAAAUGCAUACAAUAUAAUCGUUAUACCGAUUCUGUUGAGGGUUCCGAAGAUUGUCUAUAUCUGAAUAUUUAUGCCAAGAAGCUUAAGUCAGACAAACCACUGCCUGUUAUGGUUUAUAUACAUGGCGGUGGCUUCACAACUGGCAGUGCGUCUCGUCUUAACUGGGGACCAGACUAUUUCAUGAUGAGAGAUGUGAUAUUCGUAACAAUUGGACAUCGUAUGGGAGCGCUAGGUUUCCUCAGUUUCCCAGAACUGCAAGUUUCCGGAAAUGCUGGACUCAAAGAUAUUGUAGCAGCAUUAAAAUGGCUUAAAAUGAAUUAUCACAACUUCAAUGGCGAUGCAGAUAACAUUACGCUCUUCGGACACAGCGCGGGUAGUGCGGCCACGCAUAUACUUAUGAUGGCACCGCAAUGUGAGGGGCUAUUUCAUAAAGCCAUACUCAUGUCCGGCACAGUUAUACACAUUCGCGAAAUACCCAAUUUACAGCUCCGUUUCGCUAAACAUAUUGGUUAUGAAGGUUCCGAAGACAACGAAAGCAUAUUAAAUUAUCUGCAUGGACUUGAAGCCAAGAAAUUGACCAACGUAGAUUUCCUAACUAAAGAAGAGAAAGAGCGGAAUCUAACCUAUCUAUUCUUUCCGACAAUAGAAGAUGCCAACACAAUGGAUGCAAUAAUCACUAAAGACCCAUUCGAGGCGUUUGCUGAAACAACAGCUUGGUCCCAUAGAAUGCCGCUAAUGCUAGGUGGCACCUCUUUGGAGUCGCUCUUGAGUUAUAAGUUCUACACAACUAUUCCGGAGCUCUACGAUAUACUCAAUUUGCAUCCAGAAUAUGUGCUCUCCAGCGAAAUAAUUCGCAAAUGCGAUUUGCUAACGCAAAAAGCGCUGGCAAAGAAAUUAAUCAAAUUGCAUAUAGGCAAUGAAGUCAUGGAUAAAGAGAAUGCACUAAGCCUGAUAAAAUUAGCAUCGUAUGGCCAUUAUUACCAUCCCAUGCACCGCUAUAUGUGUGCCCGUCUACGGCGUGCGAUAGCACCUACGUAUCUCUAUCGCUUUGACUUUGACUCGCCCGAUUUCAAUUUGUAUCGCAUUAAAAAGUGUGGUCGGAAUGUGCGAGGCGUAGCGCAUGUCGAUGAUCUCUCCUAUAUAUUUUACAUGCCAGAAUCCUUUAAGUUGACGCGUGACUCUGCAGAGUUCCGUACCAUAGAAUAUAUGUUGGAUUUAUUUACAACAUUUGCCCGCACUUCCGACCCUAAUGCAGGCUCCAUUAAGCCAACUGUUUGGGAACCGCUGUCGGCAUUUGGCGAACACAAAUGUUUGAAUAUCUCCAAUGAAAUUAGUUUUGUGGAUUGGCCCGAAUCGGAAAUAUGUAAUAUUUAUGAUGAAUAUUACAAAGAGGCGGGUGUGAAGCUGUUUUGAAUGCUAGAGCUUGGUCCAAAAGAAUUCAAGUAUACACAAUUUAAUUAGCUAUUAUUAAG